UAAAGUUUCUGAGGAGCCUCCACGCUGACUGUCUCCCUGAAGCUCCUGGAGGAGAAGAAGCUGCAGAUUAAAUCUGGAGCUGCCAUUUUAAACACACGCACCAGCACCGUGCAGAGGAGAAGCUGUGAGGAGACGAGUCCUCCCGGGGACCUGAGGCCGCACAGCGGGGGGGAUUUAACCCGAGAGCACGCAGGAGCCGGGCGGUGAGAGGAGCCUGCAACCCGCUGCCCUCUCCUUCAAGGUGCCUUUCCCAUGGUGACACCAACAGAAUCAUACAUUUUACAAUAAGCCAGAGGAAAAGCCGUGUUUAUAGUCUCAUCUCUUCACUGGCAGCACCACCAUUUUGAAACACUUUGGUCCCAAGACGGCGCUACGACGGUGCAGCCAUGCAUCUAGAAGUGAAGGUCGCCCUCAACUUCAUCGUGUCCUACCUGUACAACAAGCUGCCUCGGCGCCGAGCUGACCUGUUUGGCGAGGAGCUGGAGAGGAUACUGGUGUCUCGUUUUGAGGGACACUGGUACCCAGAAGCCCCUCUUCGGGGGUCCGCCUUCCGCUGCAUUCACCUGGGAGCGCAGAGGGACCCCGUGGUGGAGCUGGCCGCCAAGAGAAGUGGACUGGACACGGAGGAAGUGCGUGCGAAUGUUCCUGCACAGCUCAGCGUGUGGAUUGACCCGUACGAGGUGUCCUACCAGAUCGGAGAGAAGGGGGCGGUGAAGGUGCUCUACCUGGAGGAUCCUCCCGGCCUCGGCUGCGAUGGCGAGCGGGCCGAGGGGGGGGUCAGAGAGGGGAGCGGAGACGCAGAGACAGAGGAGGCCAAGAAUCUGGGCUUCAACCCAGAUGCUCAGGUGUUUGUGCCGAUUGGAAGUCAGGCGUCUCCUGCCCUCAUGCCAUCGCACUCCAGCUCUCCCACACCUCUGUCUAACCAGUCCUGCCCCGGGCUCUUCAGCUACCCCAGCUCCAGCCCCCCCACCGACCCUGCCGCCCACUCCUCCAACACCUCCACCCCCUCCCCUCCCAGCGGCGGGCUGCCCUACCUCGCCGCUCAGCAGCCGCCCUCCGCCCUGCCCGCCGCCCGCCCUCAACCCAUCACCUUCACCACCGCCAGCUUCGCCGCCACUAAAUUCGGUUCGACCAAGAUGAAGAAGUGCACCGGCACCGGGUCGCCAGCCGGCUCUGGAGUUGUCCUCCCACCGGCCCAGAGGAUGCUCUCACGCUCUCCUACCACCAUCUCGCCGCCGGAGCUGCUCAAGCACAAGCCGCUCUCUCUCUCCUUGCACUCGCUCGGCGGUCCGAUCCCCAGCCAGCUCUCUCCCAACGCCAAAGAAUUUGUCUACCCAGGAUCCCCGGGCGCCCUCUACUUCGAUGCCGACUCCCAGCCCAUGCAGCCUCACGCCAGCCCCUUCCAGCCCCCCCACACUGUCAACACCCAUCCCUCCUUCGAUCCCUUCUCCAGCCCUCCUCCCCCCCAGAGCGUGGGCAUCAUCAGCAGCAGCGGAGGAAUCUCUUACAUAGAGAAGCCGCCGUUUGUGGAGGGUUUAGGAGGCUACAACCUGCAAUAUCCCAGCCAGUCCUUCCAGCCGGUGGUGCUGGCCAACUAAGCCUUUCAUUUGUACCGAGUUGUUUGGUGUUAGGACGGUGACGCUCCUGAUGUUUUCAGUUUUUCUAAGAAAUUGUUCUAAUACUGAUACAAAUUAAAAGUUAGUUUUACUACAAAGAUUUAAAAUUUUUCAUUUAAUUUACUGAGUAUUUCGUGUGGUUUAUUGUUUUAGUUCGUCCACGACCUCUAACCCCCCCGCCCCCUGUGUCCAUCGCUGUUGCUCGUCAUGUCCCAUAUGUUGGCUUCGC